GUUUACCUCUGCUUGUGCAAAGAACAAUCGCGAGGACUAUUGUCCUGCAGGAAAUUGUAGGAAAAGGCCGAUUUGGCGAAGUCUGGCGGGGAAAAUGGUGCGGGGAAGAUGUAGCUGUGAAAAUCUUCUCCUCCAGAGACGAGCGGUCCUGGUUUCGGGAGGCAGAAAUUUAUCAGACAGUCAUGCUGAGACACGAAAAUAUCCUGGGCUUUAUUGCUGCCGACAACAAGGAUAACGGGACGUGGACGCAGCUGUGGCUCGUCUCCGAGUACCAUGAGCAAGGCUCGCUGUUCGACUACCUGAACAGAGGCACGGUGACGGUGGAGGGCAUGGUGAAGCUGGCGCUGUCGGUGGCCAGCGGCCUGGCACAUCUCCACAUGGAGAUCGUCGGCACGCAAGGCAAGCCAGCGAUCGCGCACCGAGAUCUGAAAUCUAAAAACAUCCUAGUGAAGAGGAACGAAAGCUGCGCCAUCGCGGACCUGGGCCUGGCGGUGAAGCACGACUCGGUGCUGAACACCAUUGACAUUCCCCAGAACCCCAGGGUGGGGACCAGGAGGUACAUGGCUCCUGAGAUACUUGAUGAUGUGAUGAACAUGAACAUCUUCGAGUCCUUCAAGCGUGCAGACAUGUACUCUCUUGGGCUGGUGUACUGGGAGAUCGCCCGAAGGUGCUCCAUUGGAGGGAUCACUGAGGAAUACCAGUUGCCUUACUAUGAUGUUGUGCCUUCUGAUCCUUCGAUAGAAGACAUGAGAAGGGUAGUUUGCGAGCAGAAGCUCAGACCAAAUAUUCCAAACCAGUGGCAAAGCUGUGAGGCGCUGCGAGUAAUGGGCAGGAUAAUGCGCGAGUGCUGGUAUGCCAACGGUGCCGCGCGGCUGACCGCGCUGCGUGUGAAGAAGACGAUUUCACAGCUCUGUGUGCAGGAGGACUCCAAAGCCUGA